GCUUCUGACAAGAAGACUUCUCAAUCUAUUGUAUUGGUUGUAAUACUUUAGGAUCAAUUGACAUUGGCUCAAAAUCGAAUGAAUUUAUGUCAAAUACACAUUUUAUGCAUACAUUGUUGUUUUCGGUACUGUUGAUCAAUAUUCAAUCGUUGUUAUUUAUAUCAACAAUCAAUUUGUAUUGAAUCCUAAAAUAGUUAUUAGAGUACACUAAAAAGUUGUUUUCUGUGAUUUCGCUAUGGGUUCUGAUGAAUCUGACGAUGAGCCGCUGUCGGUACUGGCAGCAGCAAAGAAAAUAAAUCCAGAAGACUUCCCGGUGGAUAUCGAAAUUACCGAAAUAAAAUCCAAGAAGAAAAAAAUAUUACCGCUUAAGAAGUAUGGUGUUACAAUAAAACUACAUCGUAAAAAUUCUACGUCGAAUGCUUUAGUAUCUCAGGCUCUUAUAAAACGUCCGACCGACGUCUGGCUGUAUCUAAAGGAUUUCAAUACGACAGGCCCUUACAGUUGUUUGCUAUGUCCAGAUUGGUUCAUAAACAGACCCAAAAUUAUAAUUCACUAUGUAUUAAAUCACAAAAAAGAUUUUUGUGGGAUAUGCAGAUACUUUGUUCCUGAUAGAGAUGCUUGGAUAGCGCAUGAAAAAUUUCACACACCAUGGCCAUGCUCACAAUGUGUGGAGUCUUUCCCUGUGGAAGACAUGCUAAGGAAUCAUUUAAAAACCACACAUAAUCUGGUACACUGCCGUCUAUGCCACUUUAGGGUACCAGCUGAUGAUAACUAUACAACACAUUUGUAUCAAAAGCACAAUGUUACAAAUAUUACAUGUAUCUUUGGAGAUUUGUGGCAAUUGGACUCAAAAUACAAGUUUUUCUGUCUCCUAUGUUCUAAGUCGGACAAUCCCGUUUCUACAUUCUUCAGUCAUUACAUGGGGUACCAUCAUUUUACGUUGAAAUGCUUUGCUAACAUGGUUUCUGGCAAGGAUCCUCCGUUUAUUGUUAAGGGUGUUGAUGUAAGUCCGCAGUUCAUCAAUGACGAACUGAGAAGUCAAAUGAGAUGUGGGUAUGUUGGAAUGCAGAAACCAUAUUCAAUCCAAGAUUGUCCCAUUGACCAAAAUGAACCAAAUAUUGAUUUAAGUGUUAUGAUACCGGAAGUAAAACAAGAAAUUAAUUCUGAAGAUGAACACAUUAAAUGUCAUAAUGAAAAUAAAACUGAGGAAACAAAGGAAUGUCAAAUGCAAGAUUAUGAAAGAAAUGAUGAUGCAAAAGAUGAUGAGGGAAAAGAGGAUGAUAUGAAGACUGAAAAUGGUGAUGUCUGUGAUGGUAAUAAGAAUGACAGCAACAACAUCAGUGAAGAAAUUAUAGAUUAUCAAGGUGAAGAGGACUUUGAUAUGACACUUCUAGAAUUAGUUAUCUUGGAAAAGUGCUAUUUCAAUUACAUAGAUGGAAUGUUAAAAGAUAUAGAAAUAAAAACAGUACCAGAAAACUCGGAUGUUGAUUAUAACACUAAAUCUGAGGCCAGAGAAUUGGAUUGUACGAUAUGUAAAAUGAAAUUAGAUGAUCCAAAUUCAUUAGCAGCCCACGUAUCUAAAAUGCAUUGUAUGAAAAUUGUAUCCCUAUACUCAUGUAGAGUGUGUGCUACGACUUUUGAAACUUUCAGUGAACUUAGAAAUCAUGUAAACGAAGAGUUGGGUCAGUUUGAAGAUCUUUGGAUAUGUCAGUUUUGCGAUAAGGAGUUUGAUAAUAGAGAAUCUACAAGGAAGCAUCUCUCUUUACACUGGGAAGAAUUAGAAUAUGAGAACUGUUUUAGCCCUCAUCUGGGUUUUAAAUGUAAAUAUUGUCCUACUUUAUUCUGGAAUGAACCAGACAGAGAAUUGCAUCAGAUAAAAGUACACUUGGAAAAAUAUAAGGAUGAAUUUUACAAAUGUGAAGAUUGUUCUAAAACAUUUGGUGAUAAGGUAUGGUUCACACACCACUACAUGCAGGAACAUAUCAACGAAAGAACACAGAUGAACAUAUAUUUAUUGAAAUGCUGUGUUUGUUGCAUCUUAUUACCGUCUCUUGAAGAAAUUCGUACCCAUUUUGAUGAGAACCAUCCAGAAGCAAGGAAGCUGUAUUGCUGUUUAGAUCCUUGUGUGUACAGGCCUUUGAGUCAGAAGAAAUCUCUGAAGGUGCAUGUUAAGACAGUCCACGCGCCGCGCUCGUCGAAGCCGAAGCCGGUCAGUUGUCACGUGUGCGGACGCGACUUUGCGACCGCGCGCUCGUGCAGCACGCACGUGACGCAGGCGCACGGCGCUGUCGGCAAGUUCAAGUGCAAACUGUGCCGGGAGGUGCUGCAGACCAUGGACGAGAGAAAACUUCACUACCUUCUCCGUCAUCCGGGACGGCAUCCGUUUGAAUGCUCGGAGUGCGGGAAGUCAUUUCAAUACAAAUCGUCACUUUACAUGCAUAAACAAGAUCACCUGCCCAACAGACAGAGCUUUACGUGUGACUAUUGUGGAAAAGUGUUCGCGAAGAAAGAUUCGUACCGCGAGCACGUGCAAAUCCACGAAGGGCCGCGCCACGCGUGCUCGUACUGCCCGAUGCGGUUCGUGCAGCGCUCCAACAUGCUGCGGCACGAGCGGCGCCACACCGGCGAGCGGCCCUACACCUGCCCGCACUGCGAGCGCACCUUCGCCGACAAGGGCGCGUGCACGUCGCACACCAGGACCCAUUCUAAGGAUACAUCGUACGCAUGCCUAUACUGUGGACAGACUUUUGUGCAGAAGUCCAAACUUACUUACCACAUAAGAAGACAUACAGGGGAAAAUCUGGAAACCUGUACCAUAUGCAGUAAACUGUUCACGAGCGCGUGUUCGCUGCGGGAACACAUGAAAACGCAUGUAGCCAAAGCUGAGAAUGUAAAAUGCCCGCUCUGUGAUAAAAAAUACCAAGACGAGCGAUACAUGCUGCGUCACCUGCGCACGUCGCACACAAACACACAAUUCACUUGCCCCAUUUGUCAGAAGACGGUCACCAGCAGUUCUGGACUGCGGCAUCAUGUCAUGACUCAUAGCACUUUGAAUAUAUUCAGAUGCAAAUGCUGUCCAAAAUCGUACGCAGUCAAGAGAACCAUUAUAAAGCAUCUACGCAAACGCCACGGGCUCAGCGGGACAGCAAUCAACACAAAAGACUAUUAUUCGAGAUUGGAACCGAGGGAAUGCAAUUUGAACCUAGAUGAGCAAACCAUGACAAGCAUUUUCGGACCGCCUAAGAAGAAAGUCACCGAUUUACUUAUUGGAGACUUUGUGACUUUAGCAAAGAAACUGAAAUUGGACAAGAAGGAUGAAAAUAAUGAGAGUACAGAAGAAUCGGAUAAUAAUGAUGAAAAUUCUGAUGAAGAAACACAAGAUAAUUCGACGGAACAAUCUGAAUCUCAUAGUAAUAUGGAUGAGCAUCCGAAGUUCACAGAAGUCGUUUGUAAACAGGAAGUUAUAAAUAACGAAUACGAACUGGAGCCAACUGAUUUUGUUAGUGUUAAAAUUGAACCUAUGGAAGACGAGGAAAAUAAUGUUCUAUAAACCAUGUUCAUUUUUCUAAAAACUAAUUGUAAUACAAAAGUAUUUUAUAAAUUCAUAGGAUGUGCAAUAUUCAUACAUAACUUAUGUAGAUAAAAUUAUAUGAUUUAUUUUGUAAAUUAACAUAAACGUAUUAGCUAUGUUAUUUACUUGUAUUAUUCACGUAUUGUGUAUGUAUAUAUAAUAUAAACUAUAUCUAUGCCUCGUUAAAACAUUGUUAAGGGA